UUAUUCCACUAAUAGGAUGACGCCCACUCACCUUACCCUUUAACCAUUAGCAUUUACAUUAAAAUAGGCUCGCUGAUUGGCUUAUCUGUAGUUUUAAGAGGAAACCAGAUCGAAACUUUGAGGUUUGUUCUUUUUUCUCUCGCCACGGUUUGUUGGAGCCUCGGUUUUUCUCGUCCUUUCUGGGCUAUCUCGUUCUUUCCAGGCUACUUGGCAGCUAGUUGAGCCCAUUGCUUUACGCUGGAAUCCAAAGGUCUAGAAGGACUGAGACUUGGCUUUCGAUGGAUUCGCCAACGAAGCUUUACCCAUCCUGUGGCCCAGAACCUUCUCAGAUGGCCAGUGAAGAAAAUUCCCAGGGAGGCUCAGCUGCCUCUCAAACCAUCUCCGAAGUAUUAAUAAAGAACCUUAAUCAAUUGACUCUCGACCCUAGUAUCAAACUUCCUUCCCCUCUACCAGAAUAUCCACCCCAACAGCAGGACACAGAGACGAAACCACAGGGACUUGUGGACCGAAUACUCAGCAACAGGAGGAGGGGUGGAGUAAGGACUUUGUUAACUGCUCGGAAAGAAAGGAUGGAAAGGCUGAUGUGGUUUAUUAAAAAUCAUCGCUACUUCAACCAGCGUUCCACGGAUGAAUCCAGAGUAGAAAGAUUUAGAUGUAGAUGUCAUUAUUGCCUGUAUCAUAGACCUCCCGAGGAUACCAGCAUGGAGAAUAAUUAUGACAUGGAGUCUAUGUAAACAUAAACCUUAUUAUAUGGUGUUUUCCUUGCUAGUAAUUUUAGAAUCAUUAUGCAGCACCUUGGGAAGGCUGCUCUAUUAUAGACAAAGUAUAAUAUUUUGAUAAUCUAUAUUAGCUCUGUCUUUUCUACCUUGAUAACAAUAAUUUGUGAGGAAUCCGGUGUUUUGCAUUUGAGUGACCUCAAUAUACUUUAGUUCCACUUUUUGAUAUGACCCAAGGAAGCACUAGUGGGUUUUGAGUGUAGCCUGGGUGUUUGAGAAACCUGAAGUCAUGAAGAUCGGUUAACCUAACGUGGGGCUCCUGGGUGGCUCAGUUGGGUUAAGCAUCCGACUAGAGCUCUGUAGAGUAGGGUUCUGUGCUGGCAGUUGGGAGGCUGGAGCCUGCUUCAGAUUCUGUGUGUGUGUGUGUGUGUGUGUGUGUGUGUGUGUGUGUGUAUUUCUCUCUGCCCUUCCCCCACUCAUGCUCUCGAAUAAAAACAUUUAAAAGAAACCCUAACAUCAAAUUGGAAGCCACGUAACUUGUGCAGGGAGGAAUACAUAGAGAAUAUUGGGUGGUUUGGCUGGAGAGCAUAAUCAUAAUUAUAAUUAUGGCAGGGUGCAUAGGCUAGGUUUUCUGGUUUUCAAAAAUUAGAGUUGUAAUAAAAGUUUUUUGUGGUAGUUCAAUUUUCAGUAGCAAAUGUGUAUGCAGAGGAUCUUAUUAAAAUUGAGGCUUAUUUGAAUACGUUUCA